UUGUAUUCACAAACCUUCCUAACUUCGUAUAGGUUGGGCGUCCCAAGCAGUCGCUCCGCAACUGAUAAAACAGCGCGCAAGUUUCGCGAAGGCUACCAAGAGGAGAACGAAAUUAAUAAAAAAAAAACAAGAAAACAAUACAUAUAUACAUAUAACAGUAUAGUGCAAUUAGUGUAAAUCAUCGCUAUGGCAUUCCGUGUUGCUGGACUCUUCCUGAAAAAGGAGCUGGCCGCCUCGGCAGCACAGCAGCUGCGCCUGAUGCGUACCUCGAACGUCGCCAAGGCUCAGUUUCUAAGCAACUCGCCCAACACGGCGCUGGACAAGAGCAUUCUCCAGCGUUAUCGAAACCUUGAAACGCCUGCAAACCGAGUACAAGCUACAUAUCUGUGGAUCGAUGGAACAGGCGAGAAUAUUCGUCUGAAGGAUCGCGUACUUGAUAAAGUGCCUAGCUCGGUGGAGGAUCUGCCCGACUGGCAGUAUGAUGGUAGCUCUACUUAUCAGGCACAGGGUGAAAACUCGGACACAACGCUUAAGCCUAGAGCGGUCUAUCGCGAUCCUUUUAAGCCAGGCAAAAACGAUAUUAUCGUCAUGUGUGACACCUACAGUGCUGACGGAAAGCCCACGCCCUCAAAUAAGCGCGCUGCCUUUCAGGAUGCUGUUAACAAAAUUGGUGACCAGGAGCCCUGGUUUGGUAUUGAGCAGGAAUACACGUUACUCGAUGUGGAUGGGCGUCCCUUUGGUUGGCCCGACAACGGCUUUCCGGCCCCACAGGGACCCUACUACUGUGGCGUGGGAGCCGACCGGGUAUAUGCCCGCGAUCUCGUUGAAGCUCACGCUAUAGCCUGCCUUUACGCUGGAAUCGACUUUGCCGGCACCAACGCAGAGGUAAUGCCAGCACAGUGGGAGUACCAGGUCGGCCCCAGCAACGGCAUGAAAGCUAGCGAUGAUCUCUGGGUGUCGCGCUAUAUCCUGCAGCGUAUAGCUGAGGAGUACGGCGUUGUUGUAACAUUCGAUCCAAAGCCAAUGGAGGGUCAGUGGAACGGUGCAGGUGCUCACACAAAUUUCUCCACAAAGGCCAUGCGUGCCGAUGGGGGCAUGAAGGCCAUCGAGGAGGCCAUAGAGAAGCUGAGCAAACAGCACCAGCGCCACAUCAAGGCAUACGACCCCAAGGAGGGCAAGGACAACGAGCGUCGUCUGGUUGGCCGAUUGGAGACUUCCAGCAUCGACAAGUUCUCAUGGGGUGUUGCUAACCGUGCCGUCAGUGUACGGGUGCCGCGCGGCGUGGCGACGGCUGGAAAGGGGUACUUUGAGGAUCGACGUCCCAGUUCCAACUGUGACCCUUAUGCCGUAUGCGGAGCACUAGUACGUACGUGCCUACUAAACGAAUAAAUUGUAGGCAGUAGGCGUCUUUUGUUUUACAAGUUAGCGUUGAAUUUUCAAAGGUGUAUAUACAUAGUUGAAAUUGCAGCAUGUGGGCGGUCAAUCCGAACAAUUCGAUUUGGGUAUAAUCAAGAAAUAUUUUGCUUGUGUAUAAAAAGACAGAAGAGACAAAAGAAGCGUUAUAUGUGGCUAGCAUUUAAGUAAAAAAAAA